AUGUCGAACGAGGACGAUAACGGACUGGCUACCCUGGAGCAGCAAGCGGAGUUUUUAGGCCUCAAAGGUCCUCUUCUACCUCUCUUACCCCCCAAAAGCCUCACCCGCAAGCUCCAACGAGAGCGGUUGCCUCGCCGAUCACGUGAAGCUCCUUUCGGCGCUCGGCAUCCUUCAUGGACCGUCGAUCGUUUCAUCGUCCCGGCUGCUUUUCCGAGGUCGGUUAAAGGAAGCACUACAGAUCCAGCUUCCUCGCCGUCUGAAAAGGCGUCGUGCGCUACGUCUGCGAGCACUUCAUUAUCAUCGUCAAGCAAGGCCCCACCUGGUCGAAUCGAUGCCGAUCGGGCGUGUAAGGAACUGUUAGACGUCCAGCUCGAAGGCUUGAGGAACCCUACGAACCCAAUUGAUACGAAAGAACUCGCAAGUCAAGAACAAUUGUACACCGUCGUCAACAGGUACCGCAGCUCGACGACUCAUGGCGCGGUCCUUAGGCGAUCGAAGGAACCCAUUCUUACGCUCGUCCUGGGUCAUGCGAAUGGAUUUCACAAAGGUUAGUAGGGACAAACCCAAUAACUGCGCGCCACUGAUAUAAUGUGCCCUUGGUGUAGAAACUUUUGAGCCGAUGCUGUCCGAUCUGCUCGAACAAUUCGACUCGAAAACCCGGCCAAUUGGCGAAAUUUGGAGCAUCGAUACUUUCAAUCAAGGCGACUCGGCAUUGCUGAACGAGGACGUCUUGGGCAAAGCUUGUGAGCCAAAGUGGCCAAACGGAUUCUUACCUCAUAGUAGAACGAUGCUGAACAAUAGUUCGGAUCUUCCGACAGUUAAUUGGGCCGAUCAUGGCCGGGACAUUCUCAAUUUCAUCAUUUCUUACCUGCCCGAUCCCUUCUCGCCUGAUCCUAUCACCGACGAACUACCCUACAUAGUAGCCGUGGCCGACGGCAUGCGCGAGCUGGAUGCUCGGCCACUCUUCCCCGGCCUCUCGGUGCUGUCGAAGCGAGUUUUUCGUGAUCGCCUCAUCGUCGGCAUUGGCCAUAGUCUCAGCGGCGCAGGCAUGAUUUAUGCCGCGAGCGCCCAACCGUCCCUCUUUUCAUCGUUGAUCCUCCUCGACCCCGCGAUACCUCCGCCGAGCUGGGAACGACAAGUGAUGUUCAAGAGCAAAGGCGCUUUUAUUCGCAAGGAUCGUUGGCCGUCCAAGGAGGCGGCCCUGGUGAGCCUGAAGAAGAAACCGUUCUAUCAGACCUUUGACUCGAGAUCCAUGCAAGCGUACGUCGAGUAUGGGAUGACAACUAUUCUGGGCUCGGAGGAGGCGAGGUUGAAGAUGAGACCACAAGAUGAAGCGGUGAGUCUUCCAUUUUGGGCACAUUGUCAAGUCGUCAGGCCUGAUCUUAUUUCUUUCCGUUGGACCACCAGCUCGUGUUUGGUGAUCUCUGCACGACUGUCUCGCGUCGAGCAAGCGGUCGACUGGCGAUGCUACCGACAAUCUUGCCGGUCCGGUUCAUUUGUGCGGAUCUUGAUUGCUCGGUCCUUACUGAAGAGGCGCUGCAGGACACACUGCGCUUGAUCCCCCACGCAACCAUCGUCAGGGUCAAGAAGGCCUUCCACACGCUCGUUCAAGAAAAGCCGAAGGAGACGGCGGCAGAAGUAGCGAAACAUCUCCAGGCGUUCUAUGGCGACUUGAAGUUUGUCAAGCUAUGA